UCGUAUGGGGCAGCGGGCAAGACCUUCUGUACUAUCUGGCCAGCGGUGAGGAGGCCAUCCAGCAGCAUGCUGAGGCGGGUGGCUUCCCCAUCACCGCAGUCAACAAGGUCCAGGCCACCCCUGACCCCACCACGGCAGCCGGCGCUGCACAGCAAUGAAGAGGAGGC